AUGAGACCGCCAGAGUCCCUGGAUGACCCUGCCUCUCUCUCCUUCAAUGAUCUCAUCAAGCAGCAACAAAGCGCCUCGUCGGCGCAAACGGAGGGACGAGGCGACCUUCUGCUGGCGUACGGGUCGUGCCUUCUUCGCAAAUUCAGACACAAACUGGGAAAUGCGUUGUGGGGCGUGCUGGAGACAGUUUACUUGCAGGCGCUCGAAUUUCGCCAGGAUCGCUGGGCUCGGUUCUGUCUCCAAGCUCUCCAGAGUCGGUGGCGAGACAGCACUCGCGUGAAGCGUCUCACAGGCAUGGCGAUGGAGGCGCAAGGCCACUGGGAAGUUGCUCUCGCACACUACGACGCGUUGCUGGCUCAGCAGCCGCACGAUCCCUUGACGCGGAAACGCGUGAUGUCGUCGUUGAAGAACCAAGGGCGCGUGUCAGAGUGCGUCCAGAUGCUUUUCUUGCAUUUGGAUGAGAUGGCGACGGACAUGGAGGCAUGGCAGGAGUUGGGAACGAUUUACGCAAGCGAAGGCCGACUCGCACAGGCUGCGUUUUGCUUCGAGGAGUUGCUCGUGCACGACCCUGCGAAUAUACUCUUCCUGUGUGUAUAUGCAGAGACCUCUCGGCAGUCUCUGGAGAACGCAUGCAAAGACCGGAAAGGGACGACGCGUGGCGAGAGACCGAGGAAAGGAGAGAGAGAUCGCCAGGCGCAGCUGGCGUCUGCUGCGCGUGUCUCUGCAUCUUCGCCGGGAGACGAAGACACGAGAGUCCUCCUGCAUCUCUCUCUCGGCGCGGUGCGACGCCUAGCCUCGAUCUACGAAGAGGCCUUGGCGAAGGGAGACGAACACGACACUUCAGGGGGCCCGCUGGACAGGGUGUUCGGAGAGGCGGCUCUUCGCAGACUCGCAGCGCAUCGUCUCUUCUUCCUGAGCAAGGCUGCAGAAGAGAACGUCGCAGUUGGAAAGUAG